GAAAUUCUGGUGGAUGGAAACCCUAAAAUUCGGGAUGCAUCUUCAGUUCGGAGACACCAGAAUUUUCCCGCCCUCCCUUGCCUCGCUAUCUCCUGCAGCCACCAGCAGCCAUGCUACAGCAGCCGCCAGCAGCCAGCACCGCUGAAAGGGUCGGCCGUUGCACGCACAGGCUUCGCCUCCUUUCCCAGCGCCAUAGCCUGCACCCCUCAAUCACCGCUCCGUAGCGAAUCUGCGCAUGGGUGGAGACGAUCGAACGGCUGGAAUCACCCCUGCUACUCCGCUGCUCGAUUCCAGCAGCGGCGAUACCAGCAGCAGCAGCAGCUAUACACCACCGGCCUCCACUGCAACCGCCGCCGCAACCUCCGCCGCAACCGCCGGCGUGCCCUUCUCCUCCUCGCUGCGCUUGCCCCGCCUGCAGUCUUUAAUUCUGCUCUCCGUCGUCGCCUACGCCGCCGUGAUCGGCUUCUCGCUCUCCGUGUCUCUUAAUCUCCCCGCCACUACCGCGCAGCUCGACGCGUCGUCCAGUAGCGGUCACGUGGAUGCCUCUGGCGCAGAUGGCGGCGGCAUUGGCGGCGGCAACGGCGGCAGCGUGAGUCGCGGGAGAAAUGCGAUUACCAUCGGGGGAGUCUUCUGGGAGCCAUGGCGGCUGUUUUCCUCGGGAGGAGAGGGGACGGCAGGCCUGUUCUCUGCAGCGUCCCGAGAAUCCGCUGAUGGAUACCAUGAGAAAGAGAACGAGGAUUUUUGGGGCGAGGGGAGCAGGCGGUGGGGGAAGGCGGGCGCACGAGAAGGCGGGUUGGCGCGUGGGGAUGGCCAGGGGGAACGGGGGGAAGCUGGGGAUGGGGGAAAAGGGGGGGGCGCGGCAGGUGCUGCAGGGGAAUCGGGCGCAGCGGAAGCAUGGGGCAGGGGGAGCGGCAAAGGUGGUUGGCUAGGGGGAGGAGCAGCUGGGGGGGACGGAGUUGCGGAGGAUGAUGGCACUGGGGGGGCGCAUGGGGGCAUGCAAAGGAGCAGGCAGGCAUGGGGGAAAUCAGGGGAGGAAGGAGGGGGGAGCGACGAGCAGAGCAUGCUGCAGCAGCUGCUGGCGCUGGCGGAGGAUGAGAGUGGGGGGGGGGAGAGGGAGGGGGAGGUGGUGGACGAGGAGGAGGAGAGGCUGAGAGCGAGGGAGGAGGAGGAGAGGGAGAAGGAGAAUGAGCUGGAGCCGCUCAAGGUGUUCCUGCUGCCGCUGAUACCCGAGUACAACUUCGGAAUGCUGCAGCAAUUCGCGGAUCAAGGCCUCUGGCACAACAUCCACCUGCCACGUGGCAUGCCUGCCUCCUGGCUGCCGUUCGCCCCCUCUCCUCCGGCCUCUCCCGAUUUCCCCGCUUCCCCCGCCCCCCCCUCCUCUCCCUUUACUUCUUCCCCCCUCUCGUCCUCUACCUCCUCCUCCUCUCGUCUUCUUCCCUCCCAUCCCCCCUCCUCGUCUGGUUCUCCAGCCAACGUGCCUCCCCUCCCUCCCCUGAACACUCCUGCUCUCGCUCUUCCUGCUGCUGCUGCUGAUGGUGGUGGUGAUGGUGGUGGCAAUGGUAGUGUUAGCAGUGGUGGAAGUAUGGGAGUGGCAGGCUCAGCUGUGGUUGUGACUGAGUCGGGGAGUAAAGGUGGGCGGAAUAAAGAGGAGGAGGAAGAGGAGGAAGAGAAAGGGGAGAAGGGGGAGAAGGGGGAGGAGGAGAAGGAGGAAGGGGAAGUGGGAAGAAGAGAAGCUGCAAGGAGGAGGAGAAGGUUGCUUGGUGGCGGUGGUGGUGGCGGUGGCGGCAGUGGUGGUGGAGUGGUGCGCCAGGAGGACAGGGGAGAAGCAGGGCGGGGUGUGGGAGUGACACAAGGCAGAAGAGAUGCUAGUGGAGGUGCUGGAGCCAGUGUUGGUGCUGGCGACUUGUCACACAGCUCGAUCAUUGACAGGGGGGCAUGGGUGCGGGGAGGCAGCACGGUCAGCAUAGCGCGCUACUCCGCGCUGCCCUACGAGCUGCAGCACAGCGCAGAGUACUGGCUCACUCUCUCGCUCCUCUCAGGCGCGCCGAGUGUGGAGGUGGUGGGAGAGGAGCAGCAGGCGGACGUGGUGUUUGUGCCCUUCUUCUCCUCGCUAGCGCUCCUGCACACCUCACUCAACCACUCCUCCUGGACGCACUUCAACGCCCUCCAGGAGCGCCUGUACCAGGGCAUCACGGGCAGCAGCGCGUGGGUGAGGCGUGGCGGGCGUGGGUUCGUGAUCCCCGCGGGCCACCCGCUGAGCGUGGACCCCAUCAUAGAGCGCCUCACACACGCCACGUUCCUCGCAGUCGACUUCUGCUUCCACCCUCGCCAGGUGCUGAGUGGCAGCAAGGAUGUGAUCGUGCCGUGCUGAGAAGCAGCAAGGACGUGAUCGUGCCGUACGUGCCGGUGGUGGGGGUGUACCACGGCGACCCGGGGGACUUCUCUCACCGCCGCACGCUGCUCUUCUUCCAGAGCCACCUGCUCACGCGCUCCCAUGGCGGGUGGCUGCGGCAGCGGAUGCAUGCGGUGCUGGCGCACGAGGCGGCAGUGACGUUCACAGCAGUGAC